CCGCCACCACUAUUACUGUCACUCCCUUCCAGCACUCCGGGGAGCGGGGGAGGCCAGGGACAAGGAGCUCCGGGCGGCACCACCGGGUCAGUGCCAUUCUCUGCCACAGGUUCCCUGCCCGAGGUACUGCACUGCUCUUGCCACCUGUGGGCUGUCCUCAGGGAGGAGAAUCAGGACUGGUCAAAGGGCCUAGAGAUCACCCUUCUUUCACUUCUGUCUCCACAUCCCACGUGAAACCUGUGAGAAGCCGAGGCCGGGGCGUUCAUGCAUAGCAGACCCAAAUGCACAGCCCUGCACGGGCCUGGGCUGCGCUCCAUGGCCGUCCUGGGCCCUUUCCCUGCCACCCACCCACCCCUCAGGGCGCUGUCGCGGAAACCCUUGCCUUGCUUCUGGACCUCACUGCUGGAAAUGCUGGGGUUCCUAGGGAGUUUCCCCUUCAGCCUGGGAGCCUGUGGGGUGGGAGGUAAGGGAGGAACUGAGAGGACCAGGAAUGUGAGCUAGACACCUAGAGCGCAGAAUGGCACUUUCACACUCUUGUGUCUAAAUUUUUAAUGUACCCUUCAAGCCUGGUCCAUCUCCUGGCCUCCCUGGCUCUCAUCAUCAGCCCUGCCCUCCUGAUAACAAAAAUCGCAAACCAGACGCACAGCUCUUGUCCCCAGAUACUGACCAGCCCUGAGAGUGAGCCUGCCUGGUCCUGGCCCUUGCAGAGCAGCCCUAGUUCUGUUCCCUUGGGGACCAGAUUGGUGCACUUAGGCGGCCUGUGCGGGCCUGGAGCCGGUGCGGGCCCGCUGUCUCGUCUCUCAGUAGCUCCUUCUACACUUUUAGGGCCAGCUUUCAGCUUCGGGUCCUGCGAAUGGGGUGGCACACAGGGCUGGUCACGGCUGCACUGAAAGCCCCCAGAAGGAGCUUCUGAAAAAUAGGGCUCUAUAGGGUCUCUUGGGAGCUAGGACUUGGGGUCAGGACCUGCUGGUGACCCUAGACCUAUAGCUCUAGCCCAACCAGGAAAGAGCAGUGCUUGUGGGUGUGAUGGUGGCUGCUGGUGAUGCAGCUUAUUUUGGGUCUUGGGGCUGGAAGGAGUAGGGAGUCUGAGGGUAUCGAUGGCUGAUGUGGCACAGCCUCAAAUGGUCACAGUGAUGGAGCGCUGGGUCCCAGUGCCUAGGAAUGCCAUCCGCUUGACUAUCAGUGUGAAUGUGCUCACAGGGAAACAAGGUGCGGCUCUAAAGACUGGAGGGGGUGUCAGUCCUGAUCCUUGGCCAAGCGAAAACUGAUCUUUGACUGACUCACCUAGUUCAUCCUCUAGGUGCCCGAGGGGUGGGGUGAGAGAUCCCACCCCGUUUGGUAUGCGGAGCUGAGGGGCCUGGGAAUGAACAGGAUGGCUCCUGGCCACUGUGAGCAUGAACUGAAGAAGAUGCAGCAGCCGUCCUGUCAGUGCCUGCUCUGAAUUCCCUGGUUAAAGCAAAAGUGAAAGUGAGCCCAGUAUGGUGACACAAGCCUGCAAUCCCUGCUACUCCAGAGGCUGAAGCAGGGGGAUUGCAAGUUUGACGCCAGCCUAAGAUCCUGUCCCAAAACUUAAAAACUGAGGGCUAGGGCUGUAUCUCAACUUAGUGAGCUCCUGUUCUAAAACGAAAAGUGAGGGCUGGAGAUGUAGCUUGAUGGUAGAGUGCUUGCCUAAUGUGUGAGACCCUGGGCUCGAUCCCCAGUAUGGCAGGGGAGGUAAAAGAAAGAUAAAAGUGAAAAUGGUGAAAUGGGAAGUGAGCAGUACUUCCCCAGAAGGCAUUUGCUGCAUCCCGCCCUUCCCAGAAGGAGCUCAGUACAGUGGAGAGAGCCUCACCUGCUUGUGUAGUCAGGUAAGUCCCUGGCCCUCCCUUGGGCCUUUUCCCAUCGCUGAUGAAGUGGUCAGACUGGGCGAGGCAACCACUGAACUAAUAAGCCCUGGGGUGUGGGAAGCUGUUGUUCUGGCCUGUGCUGGAGGCCUGUGCUCGGGACGUGGUGUGACAUGCAGGCAAAAUAAACAGAAGUGCCUGACAGCCACUGAGUGUUCAGACCUCUGGGAAAAUGGGGUAGUAGUUGACUUCCCCCUUUCUCUGGCUGAGAGGAAGUCAAGUCACAGAUAUAUAGAGCCGGGCUUGCCAGCUGCUGACACAGGCAUCAAGACCAUGGGGCAGAACAGGACACCAGACUCCUCCUCUUGGUGGGUCCUGCUUCUGUGUUCCCACACCGUCACUCUCCUGGCCAGAGCCGCACCUACAUGUCAGACCAUCACAGUGGCCACUGCCUCAGCCGGGAUCUCAAAGGACCCCUGCCCUUCCUCACCCUUGGCACUCCCAACAGCUGAGCCGUGCCCAGCACUGCAGGUGACCUGGCCAGAGGUGGAAGUGCCACUAAAUGGAACGCUGACCUUGUCCUGUAUGGCCUGCAGCCGCUUCUCUCACUUCAGCAUCCUCUAUUGGCUGGGCAAUGGCUCCUUCAUCGAGCACCUCCCCGGCCGGCUGAGGGAGUGCAGCACCAGCCAUGAGCAGGGCCGCGGGAGCACAGGAACCUGGCUUUGGAAGGCCCUAGUGCUGGAGGAGCUGAGCCCUGCCCUUCGAAGCACCAACUUCUCCUGUGUGUUCGUGGACCCCGGACAGGUUGUCCAGCAUCACAUUCUCCCGGCCCAGCUCUGGAAGGACCCUGAAGGCGGAAGAGAUGUCCACCCUCUGCACUGAUGCCUUUGUUCACAUGGUCCCCUCUUCACCAUCCCAACAGGAGGACCCUGAAGGCGGAAGAGACGUCCACCCUCUGCACUGACGCACACUACAUUUUCCUCACCGAGUGGCUGUUUCUGAUCCCCACGGUGUCUGUCGUUCUCAGUAGGGCCUGCAGUGGGGCCUCAUAAAAGGAUUUGAUGGAGGCA